AUGACAGGGUUGAGACAUAACUUGCUCAGUAUUAGUCAGAUCUGUGAUAAAGGGCAUGAUGUCAUCUUCAACACCUAUGGAUGUGAGAUCAGGAAAUCAAGCAACGGCAAGCUUGUAGCAGCAGGUACGAGAACUUCUGGAAACCUCUACAUGUUGACUGAUGAAAUGGAAGAUUGUAAGUCGGUGAGUACACCUAUGGUGAUAGGAUGCAAGUUGAGCAAGGAUGAUGAGUCACCUCUAGUUGAUCAGACAAUGUACAGAUCCAUGAUCGGGAGUUUAUUGUACCUGACUGCAUCACGACCAGAUAUCUUAGGGACCAUGGAGCAUGGUUUAUGGUACCUCAGGGGGAGUGACUUCACACUUACUGCAUACUCAGGUGCAGAUUGGGCAGGCAGUAUAGAUGAUCGUAAGAGUACUAGUGGUGGAGCUUUCUACUUAGGCAAUAGUCUAGUUGUGUGGCACAGUAAGAAGCAAGACUUGGUAUCUCUUUCAAUAGCAGAGGCAGAGUACAUAGUGGCGACAUCAUGUUGUACAUAG